GUCAUGAAAUUGGCUUUGUUUCAAAAUUUUAAGUUUAUACUUUAUAUUUUGGCGUCUAGUCCAGAAGUCCAAAAACGGAGUUUUUAUUCAGUAUGCCUAUAUGUUUAUGUACAUUUUAUGAAGUUUGCAGGAAUAACAUUGCAUUUUCCUGCCUGUUAUUCUUCUGGGUUUUGUUCCAAGUUGCAGACUCCGCAAAAGUUCCCCUCUAUAAUGAGUCUCGUUUACCGACAACUGUUACCCCUUUUCACUACGACUUGAGGAUAAUAACUUUUUUAGAGAACCCUUCCAACCUCAGCUAUCACGGUUCGGUGAAUAUUUCUUUUCAUGCUGAAAAAGUCAUCAACGAAGUGGUGCUCCAUGUUGCCGGUGUUUCCGUCGAAGCGAAGAAGAUCAAACUUUACGGCGAGACGGAGGAAUUUCAACUAAGAAAUGUCAGGUUCAAUAAGCAUCGCCGUUAUAUGAUAGUAUCUUUCAACAAACCCUUGGGAAUGGGCAAGUCCUAUGUGCUAAGUAUCAAGUUUGGUAGACCAAUGUCUAAUGAGAUAAGGGAUGGCUACUUCAUACGUCACUAUGUGAAUUCAAGGACCUCGGAAAAAAUUUGGUACUCUGUGUCCCAUUUUGAUCGUAAUUUUAUUAGGAAUACCUUGCCCUGUUUUGAUGAGCCUGCCUUGAGGACCACCUUUAAUGUGACAAUGGGACAUCAUAAAAGAUUCCUGAGCUACAGCAACAUGAACGUCCGAGCGGUGCUGCCCAAUCAUGAUAUUCAAGAUUAUGUGUGGUCUGUCCACGAAGUGACUCCUUUAAUGCCCGUCCAUUUGUUGGCCUUCUCGGUGAACAACUUCACCUGUCGUUUUAGCCAGGCUGCCAGUGCGAAUCCCAUUCGUUUUCGCACCUGUUCACAACCCUCUGAUGUCCGUGAAACGUCCUUUGCCGCCGAAGGGGCUCCUCAGAUAUUGGAGUUCCUGGAUGAGCUGCUGCAAGUGCAUCUGCCGCUGGAGAAGAUCGAUCAACUGGUGAUGGAUGACUUUCCCAAUGCCGCUAUGAAUACUUUUGGCCUGGUCGUCUAUCAAAGCAAACAGAUUCUGCAGCGCGAAGAUGGCUUAACGAGUGGGGCAAAUCUGCAGGCUCUUCAGCUAAUUGCUCACGAAAUGGCGCACAUGUGGUUCGGAAACCUCUUGGGCAUGGAAUCUUCUUCGGAUCUCUGGUUGAUCGAGGGUCUAACCGGAUACUUUGAGACUCUUGCCGUUGAUCAUUUCCAUCCAGGAAUGGCUCGCCAACUGUUGUUGCGGUAUCGUGAAACGGCUUUUAUGUACGAAUCGCAAGUGGGUGGAGUAUCCUUGUCACCCAUUUGGCCUGCUGACGAUUCAGCAUCGGAGGUUCAUAUGUACCAAAAAGCAUCUUCUCUCAUUUACAUGGUGAAUAGUUUCCUGGGGAAUGUCAGCUUCUAUGACGGACUUCAGCGGCAUUUGUGGCAGAACUCCUUUACCACCAGUAAUCCAGAAAAUUUCUGGCGAUCACUUCAAUUGGCCAGUGAAAGGGAGUCUUUCCUUGGCAAAAACUGGGAUGUGAGGACCAUUAUGAACACUUGGAUUCUGCAAAGAGGAUAUCCUCUAAUCACUGUUACCAGAAAAGACGGUAAAAUAAUCCUUUCCCAAAGCAAUGCCUUGAACAAAAGUAGUACGGAUCUCUGGUGGAUACCCUUGACCUAUGUUAUUCAGGGUGAACCUUUUCCAAAUGACCUCAAGCCAAGUGUUUGGUUAAGUCCGCUCAACAACCACCUGCAACUAUAUGAAAUGGUGCCCGAAACACACUGGAUCCUACUUAAUCUGCAGGCCAUUGGUUAUUAUAGGGUCAAUUAUGAUGAGAAAACCUGGCAGCUUUUGGCAACCACUCUCUACGAUGACUUCCGCAGCAUCCAUGUUUUAAAUCGAGCACAGAUCGUCAGCGAUAUUCUGUUUCUCCUAAAACAGAAACUUGUCAGCUGGUCCACAGCCCUCAAUGUAAUCAAGUAUAUUAUCGAUGAGGAUGAGUAUGAGCCCCUCAUGGCAUUUGUUGUGGGUGUAACUAAUGGCUUCUGGGGCAUCUCGCCAGAGAGUGCUCUUUCCAUUGCGAAAUGGCUUGGAAUUGCUGGCAGGUGGUAUGCGGAGUUCAUCACUUACACGUUCGACAAAUUCGUGCUCCUGGGUCAGAAUCUGAAUAGCCGUGACUUCCAGGACUAGCCGCCAACAACGGAGGCACAUUCCAGAACCACAAACUAAUGGCCCAGACCAGAACCACACCCCCACCCCCACCGUCACCCACAUCCACACCCACUUUUCCCCAUCCGGACUUUCUCCUCGAGAGAUGGCGAAAUGAAACCGCCAUCAAUGAACCGCAAUUGUAUUUGUUUGCAAAUAACUGAGCGUUAUCUGAGACUAUUUAUCUUUAUCUGCAACAACAGCAGAAGCAGCUCCGCACAAUGGAAACGGAUCCGGGAAGGAGUCGCCACUGGGAAACUGGGGCUCCACUUACAGCGAAGGCGCCAACUGAAAUAAUGAUGCAGGCGAAAUAACAAUAAAGGCGGUGCCGCUGGAAGGACUGGGCAGGAAUAAAGGACAAUAUCGAUGCUCCUUCCGCAGCGGUAAAGACAAUGCCAGACCCCUAAUACUGCAGCCAUUUCCAAGGCAAUGGCGAUGCCAAUGCAAUGGACUCCUCCAGUUUACCAAAUCACUUCAAUGAACACAGGGUUUAAGUCUUUAAGGUCAACGCACAAUUUAAGGGGAAUUCCUAAUCGAAGUUGGGUUUUCUAAAGCAAAAAAUUGGAAAAAAAAUCUACAAAUAAAAAAUAUAUAAUACUAAAGCAAAA